UCACUCCCAAAUGAGCUAAACGCAAAGGAGAAUGGCAGUGAAGACCCAUUUCCCCGUCUUUGCGCCGCCGCAGCUCCGCCCCCUUCCCCACCGCCCGGCCACCGAAAUCCGCUUCUCCCGUUGGAACAACGCCAACGCUCGGCAAUUCACCCGCCGCGAGAGGUCUCAGAAGGAAAUCGAAGACGAGCUCCGCCUCGAAAAGCGAUUCGAUUCCGCCCUAACCAUCGCCCACAACUACAACCCCGCCCCUCCCCACCCCACCACCUUCAAAUCCCCCGGCACCCCUUCCUCCCCCUCCGCCCCUUCCAUCCCCGGCAAAAAGUCCAAAUACUCAAAACCCCCAAAUUCCCACCCCGCCUUCAAAACCCUAGCUAAACCCCGCCUUCUCCCAAUCAAUCGAAAUCGAAUUGAAGACGACACCCUAGCUACCAAAACCCCCGAUUUCAGAAUCGAUGACAACGGAAUUUCGUACGAGAUGCCGGAGGCGCCGUUUUUGUAUCAGUAUAGCUACACCGAGACGCCGAAGGCGAGGCCGGUGAAGCUGCGGGAGCCGCUGGUGUCGCCGUUUGGGCCGGAGACGAUGGCGAGGCCGUGGACGGGGAGGAGGCCGCUGCCGUCGAGUAAGAAGAAGCUGCCGGAGUUUGAUUCGUUUAAGCUGCCGCCGCCGCAUAAGAAGGGGGUGAAGCCGGUGCAGGCGCCCGGGCCGUUUCUGCCCGGUUCGGGGCCGAAGCAUGUGAGGUCUAGAGAGGAGAUUCUCGGGGAGCCGCUGACGAAGGAGGAGAUUGAGGCGCUUAUAGAAAGCUCUAGGAAAUCCACACGGCAGUUGAAUAUGGGAAGGGAUGGCCUAACACACAACAUGUUGGACAACAUACAUGCUCUUUGGAAGCGAAGAAGGGUUUGUAAAAUAAAAUGCAAGGGUGUAUGCACUGUAGAUAUGGACAAUGUGUGCCAACAAUUGGAGGAAAAAUCGGGAGGGAAGAUUAUAUACAAUAGAGGCGGUGUCAUUUACCUUUUCCGAGGCAGAAACUAUAACUAUAGAACACGACCUCGCUUUCCUCUCAUGCUAUGGAAACCUGCUGCACCCGUAUACCCAAGACUAGUUAAAAGAGUUCCAGAAGGAUUGACUUUAGAAGAAGCAUCUGAUCUACGGAAAAAGGGGCGUGAUCUAACACCAAUCUGCAAGCUCGCAAAAAAUGGUGUUUACACUCACCUUGUGGCAAAUGUGAGGGAGGCAUUUGAAGCGUGUGAACUAGUUCGCAUAAACUGCCAAGGUUUGAACCCAAGUGACUACAAAAAAAUUGGUGCCAAACUCAAAGAUCUUGUCCCAUGUGUGCUAAUAUCAUUUGAGCAUGAACACAUACUCAUAUGGCGAGGGCCGGAGUGGAAGUCCUCGAUAGAACCUAUUAAUAAUCUGAGGGUCGCGGAAGAAGUCAAAACUGAUACAGCUUCAGAGAUACCGCCUGCUCCAUCAACAAGUAUCCCCAACUCCUUGAGCAUCAUCGAAGACAAACAUGAUGAUCUUGAAAGCACAAUAUCUCCAACUUAUAACGAUGAGAAGCCCCAAGGAGACAGCGUUUUGCCUGAGGCUGGCGUAGAGGAAACUAUGUCUUUCGCACCCGAGAUCUCUCCAAUCACGGUUGAUGAUAGUUCAGAAGAAGCAGAAGCAUGCAGUCAAAGCGAAGUGGAGUUGGAUGGUUCAGUGGAUAGUAUUGCAGCUGUAUCAGUGGCUUGUACCGAGGAAAUUAUACAACUCAGGGAGCAAGCAGUAGAAAAAGGGGUGGCGGUUAUGCUGGAUCGCGAUAGCUUGGAUGCUGAUAUUGUUUUCAAGAAGGCAGUUGCUUUAGCUAAGACUGCUCCGGAGGUCCCUAACUAUCGACAGCGCGCUAAGGAGUUACGAGAAGAGAAAAGGAAGCUGCAACAACGUGAGGAUUCGGGGGUGAAAGAAGCUCCGGUGGAUAUAGUAGCACCGAAGUUAACGGUUCGUAGCCGGAGAGGUGAAAGAGUGGCUAAGAAAAUGGAGGAAAUUAAAGCUGAUUAUCUUAAUGUUGUUCCACAGGGAAACCUCAGAGUAGAUGAGCUUGCCAAGUUGCUAUCAUAGUUUUGAUGCAAUGGCAUAAUUUGUAUUUAAGAGGCUAUGUAUUAUUCACUUCUAUAAAGUGUAGGUUUUUUGGAUA